UUAAGAUUAAGAUCAGAUCCUUAAUUUACACCUCCUUUUCAAUUAUUCAAUUAUUUCCCAACUGUGCUUAUUAUAAAUAUCAUCAUCAUAGGAAUUGAAUCCACUUCAUAGUUUAUAGUAAGAAAAACAUCAUCCAACACAUAAAUAUAUACUUGAUAAUGCAAUCCACUUCUCUGAUAAAUUAUUCCUCAUCAGCACCAUAUUUUCAUGGAAGGAAAUUAGGGAAAUCUUCACUCAUAGUUAUGGCAUGUUGGAAGAAUAAUGAUACCAACAAUAACAACUACUAUGGUGGUAGAUUGGUGGAUGAGAGCAUGAUAGUGCUGAGGAAGAGGAUCCAUGAGAUGAAGAUGAUUGAGAGGAACUACGAGGCACCUUCUGAUUGGAUGGAUUGGGAGAAACAAUAUUACACAAGCUAUGACUCCAUGGUGUUGGAAGCCAUGGCCUUUCUCCAGACACAGUUGAUGAACACAAGGCCAAGUUUCGCUCUUGGAGCUAUGGCUCUUCUUGCUCUCUCUCUUCCAACUUCUGCUGCUCUUCUUUUCUUCCAUCUUCUUCACUUUACCAACUCUCUUUUCUCUCCUGGGAUCCAUUAGAUACAUUCAUACAAUACAACUAGUACUUAGUGCUUAUAGAUUAGAAAUAUUUGUUUGGAAGCAUACUAUAUAUUAAUUUGGUAUAUGAAAGCAAAAUUAAAAAUUAAAAGAUCAUGAGCGUCCCUAAUUUUAUGCACACUUAUUCAUGUCUAAUAAUUGCAUAUAACUGUGUCAGGCACUCUCCAAUUUCUUACAAAAAAAACUUCCCAAAUAUGGUAAUAUAUUGUCUAGUCUAGAAUGUAUAAUAGUGGUGCAGCAACAUAUAUAUAUAUAUAUAUGAGAUAACAAAAGAAGAAUUGAAAAAAUUAUAUUGAAUUAGUUGGAUCCUUGACAAAACUGUAUUAUAAAGCCUUCUCUUAAUCCUUUUAUUAGAUAUGAACUUAAGUAAUUAGUUUCUCUUAAACUUGAGAAAUGUUGUAUUAGAAGAUGGAUGAAUAAUCGAUAUAAAUGAGAAAAUUUAUAGUGUAAGAUUGAUAGAAAGAAUGUAUUAUUAGGUCCUUACUGAUAUAUGAUUAGCAUGCAUGCACAGAAACAAUGAUGGAUGAUUGAUCAU